AUGUCGUAUGGAGUUGGAACGUGCAUUUUGCCGAUAGUUAGGCGCGCUCUUGUUGCUACUGUAGCUAUCGAAGCUGCGUUUUUGACUUAUGAUGUUGGAUUAAAACCUGCACUUCCAACACUUUAUAAUAAGCUAUUUGUAGCGAAUUCAAAGAAAUCCAAAGAUGCGUGA